UCCACCAAACUGGCUUGAAACCACGUCUACUUCCGCUCGGGUCAGUCUACGACGUGCUGUCAGCGCCGGAUCUGGACACAUCAACAGGGGGAUAAACAAUUUCUCUCCAUAGCUCCUCACCUCUAUAAAUACCCCUACUGCUCGCUACUACCUACCAGAAUGAAUGUGGGUGUGGCACACAGUGAGGUGAACCCAAACACUCGGGUGAUGAACAGUCGAGGCAUCUGGCUGACCUAUGCACUUGGUGUUGGAAUACUUCACGUUGUACUCUUGAGCAUACCCUUCUUCAGUGUGCCAUUGGUGUGGACUCUAACUAAUGUCAUUCACAACUUUGGAAUGUAUGUGUUCAUGCAUGCGGUGAAAGGCACGCCCUUUGAGACCCCUGACCAAGGAAAAGCCAGACUUCUUACACAUUGGGAACAGCUUGACUACGGCGUGCAGUUCACUUCAUCAAGAAAGUUCUUCACCAUCUCCCCGAUCAUUCUAUACUUCCUGGCAAGUUUCUACACAAAGUACGACACAACACACUUCGUCAUAAACACUGCCUCACUUUUGAGCGUUCUGAUUCCCAAGCUGCCACAGCUACACGGAGUGAGAAUUUUCGGCAUUAACAAGUAUUAAGACAUUGUAAAUGCUGUGCCUCAUAGCAACUGCAGUUAAUUCCUAUGUGGUCUGUACCGCAUGGUGUGUACCGAGUAGUACAGUUUGUGUAAACGCCAUUGUCGUUGUUACAAUAUUCAGUCUGAAGAUGAAAUGUAUAAAAAAACAGGUGUAUGUUUGUAGAUGACAGGAUGCCAUAUGCAUAACUAACUUAUGUGAAUAUUUAAUGAUGUAUUUUUUGGCCUGCAUAGACCUGGGCUGGCCCAGGCACCAGUCAGGCUUUUGGUGUAGUUCAUGUUUUUCUUUCUUUGCCCUCAAUUCACAUGGUAUGAGUAUAAGUUUGUUUCUACCCACAAAGAUAUCCCCAGUGUAUUUUUCAAAGAUGUUUACUUCCUGAGGGUAGGAGCCUGUGGCUCAUUUUAUUGGUACACUCUCAUUUUGUAAUGGGCGCCAAACUGAGUGAAAAAUGGAAUCAUACUCUUUAUUUGCAUGAUUUCUUUGGUAUGUGAAUCAUUUCUCACUUAUAACUCAAUCAAACAGGGGCAAUUCUUCAUUGUAGAGUUUGUGUGAAUGUUAUGUCCUGUGUAUUAAAAUAAAAGUCCUGUAUGUGGAAAUGAGACAAAU